UUGAUUUUACUUCAUCCGAUUGAAAAUCAUCGAACGGCAAAUCAAAAGAGUAAAAAUGCAACAUUAAAUUUGACGCAAAAUGUGAGUACUACUACUGAACAAAAUCAAAUAAAUCAUGAUAUGUCUACAAAUACACCUAAUUAUGCUGAACAAAUGGCUAAAGCAUUAGAUACAGGUAAUACAGCCGAUGAAAUUGUUCAAAUGCUUAUGCAAGGUAAAGAACACUAUGGAUUUAAAAAAAUAGAAAUCAAUCGACGUUCUUUUAAUUUUAGAUGA